UACAUUUUAAACUCGUACGAAGUUACCGCAAGAAAACCUAUUUUGAAAAAUUAUUUUGCCCAAGAGGAAUAGGUAUUUCAAAAUCUUUCUGGAAAUUUACAACGCGAUGUAUUCAAAGGUCAUCCGAAACAUAACCCUUUUAUCAAAAUUCAAAGCGGUAUCGCAAUAUGUCAAUAAUUACCCGGCAUGCAGUAGUUCAUUAAUAUCUACCAUCAACACUUCACCACAGCUACUUGUAGCGGCACGUCGCCAAUAUUCUAAUUCAACACCUGAAGAGAUGAUUGUAGAUUUUGAUUAUGUGAAGAAAGCUUCUGCUGCGAAAAACAAAGUCAUAAUAGAUGUCAGAGAACCAGACGAAAUUAAAGAACAUGGAAAAAUUCCCAAUAGCAUCAACAUACCCCUGGGGGAUGUUAGUAGUGCCCUUAGCACAUUACCAGAUAAAGAGUUUGAGAAACUAUAUGGUACAAAAAAACCAGCAGAAGAUGCUGAAAUAAUAUUUUAUUGCAUGAUUGGGAAGAGAUCUGGAAUGGCCCAACAAAAUGCAAUAAGCCUUGGUUUUAAAAAUGCAAGAAAUUACCUCGGUAGCUGGACAGAUUGGGCCCGAAAAAGCAAUUAGUCAACUCCUUCCGAUGUCAUAAUAUCUGAGUCAAAUAUUUGGUACGUUUAUUCUACAGAGAUGCAUAUUUAAUGUAGUAAUGUUUAAGCUUAAAUGCAGAAUUCGUUUUGGUUCAAGAUUACCUAUCAAUAAACAAAAUAAUAAACUCGU